AUGUCUGUCUCUGAGGCUAGUUCUGGCCGAGGGGAUAUUGAUGCCCAUGCUCAGUUAAAACAUCUGCGCAACACAGUGGACCACCUUGAAGCCGUUGCAUUUGUGCCGUCAAAGCAACGGCAUACGAGUGUUGCAGAGCUCGUCAGUGAUAUAGCGUCCGACGCUUAUGAUGUCGGCAUCCCAAGUGAUGCCUUGGAGCAGUUGAUUGAUGUGCUCACCAAACCAAACCACCUAGAUCAAGCGACAGUGACCACGCUGAUCAAGAAUUUGUAUACACAAGAAAGGGUACCUGCUAUCAUCGUCACCAAGAUCAUAUGCGGACUUGGUCCGGGAAAAGCCAAAUCGUCUCUUGCAACCCAGGCGUUGCUUUUGCGAUGGCUGCUAUUGGUCUAUGAAUGUCUUGAGGACCAGUCACAUCUGUCUAAGCUCUACUCCGUUCUUUUCAACCUUCUUGACAUGAUAAGUUUGCGUCGACCGCUAUGCCAUUUGCUCUCAUUAAUCACCCGGCGGCGACAUGUCAAACCCUUCAGGAUUCAAGCUGUGAUGGAGCUGCUACGGAACGCGGGCGACGACGAGAAGGAACUCAUGGGCCUUUUGCGCGUAUUCAAGAAUUAUUACCCUGAUAUCAUCGUUGGUGAGACUGGACGACUCAAGUUCUUCUUCAAACAUCCCGAUCCGGAGUGGACCGCCAAAUUGAAACAAAUCCAGCAACACACUAGGGAGAGGUCUCAGCUGACAUCAGGACCUGGUACUUUCCAGGUUGUCCGGCGUGGCGGCUUCAAACGAAGCAAAGUCGAGACAAUCAUUCCUGAAAUUCAGACUUCUAGAGUUCCUGCUCACCACACAUCAUUGGAAGAAUUGAGGAAUGUUGACGACUUUGUACGACGCUUCGACAAAAUAGAAUUGCCAAAUCAGAUUGUCUCAGUACUGGAUGAUCGCCUAGCACAAAAGUACAUGGCGAUAGUGAGACCAGAAGUUGCCGAAGACCGGCUGGAAGAUUGGCUCGACGCAUUUUUGAGGGAUGAAGCUGACAAGGCAAGGCUACCUGACCCUGAUGAGCCGCAUGCUCUACGCUAUGUCUUGCAAGCGAUUUCAAGCUAUAGCCAAAGGACAAAGCAAUUACCUCGUGCUAUUCAAUCAUUUCUCAAACAAUUUCUUCAAAGCUGGGAUGGUAAAAAUUGCAGGGAAGAGGUCUUGGACAUUUUGCAAUUUUUGCCGAAAGGCCCAUUUGAUGAACUGAGAAGUCAUUAUCUAAACCAGCUAGACGCUGCUUUGAUUGACCACACAGCGUCGUCUCGGGCUAGCCUCCUUGAUUUCUACGCUCGACUGAUUCGCCAGUGGGGGAUUGACCUGAGAGCAGAAGCCCCGUCACUUUCUGCUAAUGGAUUUCAGCCUCUAAUAUCACUCAUCACUCACGUCGAGCUUUUAUUACUAUCAUUGAUGGAACUUCCUCUUACCGCGUCCGACCUCAAAGUGAAAGGGACGAUCCCAGUUGUGAUGAGUAUCCUAGACAUGUACACUAAUCUGGCAGAACUCUAUUCCCAUGCUGCAAGCAAUGGGAAUAUCCGCCUUACCGUGCCAUUAGCUCCAGCGGUUUAUACUCUGGCUCUCACCUCGAAUCUUGCCCAGAUCUCUCGCCUUUGCAACGUUCUUGCUACAUAUAAGACAUCGUUCGAAUCAUCAUUAACAUCCAAAACGUUGCAAUCGCCGGUGAAAUCAGUAGGCGGCUUCUAUUCCACGGAUAUGGUUGGCCUUUUCAAUGGCUAUGUCAUGGAUCUGUGCAAUCUUAUUUGGCGAAACCGCGCUUUAAAUAGCGAUGACCAGAAUGCUCUUGGGUGCUUGAUACCCAAGGCGACAAAAGAUGCAUUUGACGAUUACACCAAAGACUCAAACGAGAUCCUGAAGCGUCGCAAGGGACGCCUCGAUGGCCCGUCAUUCAGCCACGCCCUCGGCUUAAUGUUCUCUUUGAGCCACCAUGUUGCCCUGGCAAGUCACUCUGCGGCAUGCUUUGCCGAGUUCGAAGACCAGAACAUCACACUUGGAAGCCAGCCGAGACUCAGAAAGCCUGUGACACAGAAAAACCUUACUGCGCUUGAGAAAGAAGGUGGAGUUAGUCUUGCCUGGCCGGAGUACAGGUUGAAGAUGCUCGAUUGGUUUGACGAUCUAGGGAGUGAGGGCAUUGGAAGAUUAAUGAGAAGCACCAUGAAAGCCCUCCGCAAGGAAGCUUAA